UUUUAUCAGUCGCAGUGUAGCUUUUGAACAGUAAACACGUCUCCACCAACUGUCAACUUUCAUCGUAAAAAAUCAAAUACAAAUUCGAGCAAUAAAUAAUCGACCAUCAAUCCGUCGAAAAUACACUUUUAAUUACACUAACUACGAAAUAGUCAUUUGUGUGCCUUUUUUUUGGACGACUGACUUUAGGCAAUUUCGCGGAUUGUAGGCCGAACGAAGUGAAAAAAUGAGUUGGUGUCCAAAUACAGAUCUAUCGGAUGAUCUUAGGACCUCGUUGGACGUGUAUGAAGAUCUGGACAAUUACGGCCUAAGCAAGUGGAGCAUUCGACCAGGAAAAGCUCCGUUAGAUCCAGCCGAAUAUGGUGAUGAUGAUGAAGUCCACAACACGCCGCCUGACGCUAUGGAAGAAAUAAAAUUCGAGGCUUAUCGAAGGAAACUCGUAUCUCCAAAGAAAACGAAGCAAAGAAGAUGGCCUGAUGAUGCAACAGAGGAUGACUCGGUAGAAUUGGAAAUAUGUAAACUUAUUCGGAACACUGGCUCGGACCGCGAGCCACGUCAUAAUCCACUUAACUCCUCAACAACCAGCAAAACUGCAAUUGCAUUAGACAAGUAUCCGGUUGCUGGUGUUAACGGACUGUACUUGACAUCGGAUCAUUUCAAGUUCAACAACGUGUACUUCCAUUCGAAGCCGGAACCGAAAAAGGAAGGAGAGGAACCAGUCAAGGAAAAUGGUGAUUGUAUUGGACCGACUACUAAGACAGCGCAGUCAAAUGAGUUAAAGGAGCCAAAACAUGUUGUGUCAGAGGACCUAUAUGUGUCGCCGGCACAAUUAUAUGCGAUGAAAGCGCGUCCUCAUCGAAAAUGCUAAGAGUUUCUAAUAUUGCGUAUCGCAACGAAAAUUGGUCUUUGUUGUUACACAGUCGUUGGAAUUAAACAUUUUACUUACGCGCA